AUGGUCAAGCCUAUUAUUGCCCCCUCUAUUCUCGCCUCAGACUUUGCCAAUCUAGGCUGCGAGUGCCAUCGAAUGUUCAAUGCCUCUGCUGACUGGCUCCACAUCGAUGUGAUGGAUGGCCAUUUUGUGCCAAACAUCUCUCUUGGGCCUCCAAUCAUCAAGUCCUUGAGAAAAGAGAUCCCCAAAAAGUUCAACGAAAUCAAUGAGAACGUCAAGUUUUUUGAUUGCCAUAUGAUGGUCAGCGAGCCUGAAAAAUGGGUUGAAGACAUUGCCUUGAAUGGUGGUGACCAGUUUACUUUCCACUAUGAAUCCACUGAAAACCCUCUUGGACUAGUCAAAUUGAUCAAAAAACAUAACUUGAAGGCUGCUUGUGCAAUCAAACCAGGCACUCCUGUUGAUGUUUUGUUUGAGUUGGCUCCCUUCUUGGAUAUGGCUCUUGUGAUGACUGUUGAACCAGGUUUUGGUGGUCAAAAAUUUAUGAAAGAUAUGAUGCCCAAAGUUGAAAAAUUAAGACAAAACUUCCCCGAUUUGAAUAUUCAAGUUGAUGGUGGUCUAUCAAGAGAAACUAUUCCUUAUGCUGCUAAAGUUGGCGCAAAUGUGAUUGUUGCUGGAACCAGUUGUUUCACUUCAAAAGAUCCCCAAGAGUUAAUCCAAUACAUGAGAGACGAAGUUAAAGCAACUCUAGUUCAAAUGGACGUUUAUAAGUGA